AGGAGGCGUCCAGAACACUCUGAGCUCUAAUCAAAUCCUCUAGGAGCCACAGAGGAGAUACAGUUCACGUGGAGACACUGAAAAGGUUGUGUGCCCAUGAGGUCGUCUACGCUGGUCCUGUUCCUGCUCUUCAGUGCCCAGGCUGUGGCCGCCAUCAGAGGGGACUUGUGCACCGCACCGCAGAAGGAUCCAGGCAACAACCCCAACUCCAUCCCCAACGUGGACCCCAAACUCUUCACCAAGCGCCACUACCUCUCGCCCAGGGUGCUUUUCAGCUCUCGGCCCCCUGAUGCAGAGCCAGCGGGGUCUCAGAGUGAUGGCAGAAGGACCCGCAGGCGAGCAGGGCAGCCUCAGCACCGCGGGGUGUACUCGGUGUGUGAGAGCAUUAGCGUCUGGGUGGGCAACAAGACCAAGGCGACGGACAUCAAAGGCAACGAGGUGACAGUGCUUCCGGACGUGAACAUCAACAAUGUCACCAAGAAGCAGUACUUCUUUGAGACGACGUGUCACAGCGCUCAGUCGGGCAGCUCGGGCUGUUUAGGGAUCGAUGCGAGACACUGGAACUCCUACUGUACCAACUCGCACACUUUUGUACGAGCGCUGACUUCAUUCGAGAACCUGGUGGCGUGGAGGCUCAUACGCAUCAACGUGGCCUGCGUGUGCGUGCUCAGCCGCAAGUCAUGGCGGCAGUGAAGACUUUACCUGCACACACAGAUACAGAACAUACGCAGACAUACUCAUGCUAACAUGCAGACAGUUGUGACUUUGUCUGCAUAACUUAUCACCAAAGACUUCUCACUCUCUGCACAAAGUAAAUUAUUGGUAUAUGUCAAAGUAUCAGGACUGCAUGUAUACACACCAGACCUGGGUCAAAGAGUAUCUGCAGCUGGUUUGUCGCUGAUAUUUUUUACUUGUUUGGAGUACCAUGGCUGUAGUUGAGUGACACUUAUCUAUUUAACCUAUAGUUUAUACCAGACUCAGCUUGUGGAGGUUUAAAAUGCAGCUAGCUGGACCUGGAUUUAACACAAUUUAUAAUGGUCACUCUGAAAAACGCUCUAAAAAGCCAGCUGAGAAGUAAAAAAUCUUCUUUUUAUGUGAAGAAUAAGCAUCCUACCCCUACACAGCAAAACUAAGACUAAUUAUUAAGAGCACGUCGGAUCUAACCAACUUUCACGACCGUUUGGAGCGCUCUUACAUUUUAUUGCAUUUUUAAGUAGCAGGAUGUUCUUUUAUUUGUUAAGAAGUAGGAGCAAAAGUGGAGGAAUUUUAAUUUUAUCUUUCACUUGCAAAAUUUCACUUUUACCACUUUGUAAAUGACCGGCCUGAGUUCAGCUGAACCGCAGCUAAACGGCAGCUUAACAAGACGUAUGAUGAUUACGAGAUCCGCCCCAAACAGCCACAGGUGAUGCAGACUCGGAAAACGGUAAUUAAGUAAACUGGUUUCAGCUGUCUGAGUUUCCUUGAUUGCUGACUGUUGAAGAAGGAAUUUCGAAAUACCGCUGAAACAAUAUACAGUGCGCGUGAUCGUUUGUAGUCUAGUUACAUUUUUGAUAAACACAAACAUGUUUUAUAGAAUUUUGUUUGAUAAUUUUUUAUACAGAUGCAGUUCCAUUUGUAUACCUAAACCUGGCAUGCAGAACUUUUGUCUCUCUCUUCUGGCAGUAGGAGUAAUUACAUAAACACUGUCGACACACUUGUGCUUAUCGAUCGCUUUAUUUUUAUAGACCGUAAUCCUUCCUCUGAGCGCUGAGUUUCCUUUUUAUCUGGAGCAUCAGAAACUUUUCUUGGAUGCUCCCUACGUUUUCCCACCACACUCCUUGUUGCUGUAGCCUAAUCCAUCUCUGUUGCUAUGGUUGCUCCCCUUGUCAGCUCAGGCGAAUCAAAUAUCGCUGGUUAACAUAAAAUGCAUCGAUACCAGC